AUGGGCAAGCUGGCGGUGGGGGCCGCGGUUGUUUGCGCUGCCGCAGCCUGUGCAGCGGCGGCUCUGGUGGUGCGCCACCGCAUGAGGAGCUCCGGAAAGUGGGGUCGCGCGGUGACCGUGGUGAGGGAGCUUGACGAGCUGUGUGGGACCCCAAUUGCGAAGCUGAGACAGGUUGCCGAUGCCAUGGACGUUGAGAUGCACGUGGGUCUUGCUUCUGAAGGUGGCAGCAAGCUCAAGAUGUUGAUCACCUAUGUCGAUAAUCUUCCCUCUGGGGAUGAGAAAGGACUCUUUUAUGCCUUAGACCUUGGUGGCACAAACUUCAGAACCCUUCGUGUGCAAUUAGGUGGGAAGGAGAAAGGUGUUGUCAACCUAGAGUCUGAAGAAGUUUCCAUUCCUCCUCAUCUGAUGACUGGUUCUUCACAUGAAUUGUUUGAUUUUAUAGCAGCUAAACUUCAAAAGUUCGUUAGUGCUGAGCCUGAAGAGUUUCACCCUCCCCCUGGCAAACAAAGGGAACUGGGUUUUACCUUCUCCUUUCCAGUAAGGCAAACAUCAAUUUCAUCUGGGACUCUAAUAAAGUGGACCAAGGGUUUCAAUAUUGAGGAUGUGGUUGGAGAAGAUGUGGUGGGUGAACUAACCAAAUCCUUUGAAAAAAUUGGUCUGGAUAUGCGUGUUGCAGCUCUAGUUAAUGACACAGUUGGAACAGUAGCUAGAGCAAGAUUCAGCAAUCAAGAUGUCAUUGCUGGAGUUAUUCUUGGUACUGGGACAAAUGCAGCCUAUGUAGAGUCUGCACAUGCAAUUCCAAAAUGGCAAGGUCUUCUAUCCAAAUCUGGAGAGAUGGUUAUAAACAUGGAAUGGGGUAAUUUCUGUUCCUCUCAUCUUCCUCUAACAGAAUAUGAUCAAGAUCUAGAUUUAGAGAGCUUAAACCCAGGAGAACAGAUUUUUGAAAAGAUAAUUUCUGGUAUGUAUUUGGGUGACAUUGUAAGGAGAGUUUUGUUGAAGAUGGCCGAAGAAGCUGACUUCUUUGGAGAUACUGUUCCUCCAAAAUUGAAAAUUCCUUUCAUAAUUAGGACACCUGACAUGUCUGCAAUGCAUCAUGAUACAUCUUCAGAUCUGAAGGUGGUUGGAAUCAAAUUGAAGGAUGUAUUAGAGAUCAAUAACACAUCCCUGAAAAUGAGGAAGCUUGUUGUUGAAGUCUGUGAUAUUGUUGCUACCCGAGGAGCUCGACUCUCUGCUGCUGGUAUCUUUGGCAUCCUCAAGAAAAUAGGAAGAGACACAGUAAAGGCCGGGGAGAAACAGAAAUCAGUUAUAGCACUGGAUGGAGGAUUGUUUGAACACUAUGCUGAAUUCAGAAGUUCCUUGGAGAGUACACUAAAGGAGUUGUUGGGAGAUGAGGCAGCUGAUACAAUUGGCCUUGAGCACUCUAAUGAUGGCUCUGGAAUUGGAGCAGCCCUCUUGGCAGCUUCUAACUCCCAGUAUUUGGGAGUGCAAGAGUCCUGA